AUGCUACAUACAGUCAAGAGAUCCACGGUGAACACAUAUAAAAGAGCUCACCCUUGUUACACUUUGAGAAGAUUUAAACAUGUCUUGGGUAUAGAUUUGGGGACAACAAACUCGGCAGUGGCGUAUGUAGGAUCCGAUAAAGAGCCUCACAUUAUUGAAAAUGAGGAAGGGAAAAGGGCAACGCCAUCCGUAGUGGCAUUUGAUGACGAAAGGACGUUGGUGGGAAUACCCGCAAAAAGGCAAGCCGUGAUCAACCCACAAAACACCUUCUUUGCAACGAAGAGAUUGAUUGGAAGAAAAUUCGAAGACCAUGAAGUUCAAAGGGAUAUCCGAAAUGUUCCUUAUUCGAUAGUCCCCAACAAGCAAGGAGAUGCGGUACUAAAAACUUCAACUGGACGUGAGAUAACUCCCUCAGAAAUCGGAGGUUUGAUAUUGCAAAAGAUGCAAGAGAUUGCUGGGAAGCAAUUGGAUGAUAAGAACAUCAACCAGGCAGUUGUUACUGUCCCGGCGUACUUUAACGAUAGUCAAAGACAAGCUACUAAAAAUUCUGGCAAAACAGUGGGGUUGGAAGUGCUUCGAGUCAUUAAUGAGCCAACAGCAGCUGCACUUGCAUACGGAUGUGAUAAAUCAAGGAAGGAAGGAAUCGUUGCUGUAUUUGAUUUUGGUGGUGGAACCUUUGAUAUCUCAAUCUUGGACAUCGAGGAUGGUGUUUUUGAAGUUCGAGCUACAAAUGGAAACACCCACUUGGGAGGUGAAGAUGUCGAUAUCAUUUUGUUGAAACGCAUCCUUGCCAGUUUCAAGGAAAAAUAUGGCAUUGACUUGUCAAAGAACGAGCUAGCCGUUCAGAGAAUAAGAGAGGCUGCCGAGGAUGCUAAAAUUGAACUAUCCAAAGUAAAAGAAACUGAAAUCAAUAUUCCAUUCAUUUAUGAGGACAAACAUAUCAAGUUCCGGUUAACCGAAGAGGAACUUGACGAAAUGUCAAUGCCUGUAAUUGAGCAGGUGAUUGAACCUGUCAAGAAAUGUGUUAGAGACGCGGAACUCAAGUUCAAAGAUAUUGAUGAGAUCCUUUUAGUAGGAGGUAUGACCAGAAUGCCCAAGAUUCGAAACGUGGUGGAGGAACUUUUCGGUAAAAAGCCAAGCACAGCAGUAAAUCCUGAUGAAGCCGUGGCCCUUGGUGCUGCUAUUCAGGGAGCUGUUUUAUCGGGUCAAGUUAAAAAUGUGGUAUUACUCGACGUUACUCCUUUGUCGUUGGGAAUCGAGACUUACGGUGGAAUAUUCAGUCCUUUGAUACCACGGAACUCGGCAGUGCCUAUCAAGAAGGAGCAGAUGUUUUCCACUGCUGUUGAUGGCCAAACAGGUGUUGAGUUACGAGUAUAUCAAGGUGAAAGGAUGCUAGUAAAGGAUAACAAGUUGAUUGGUCAAUUCAAAUUAUCCGAUAUACCUCAGGGCCCUAAAGGUACCCCACAAAUUUCCGUCCAAUUUGAAAUCGAUGCGGAUGGGAUAAUUAAUGUUAGUGCAUCUGAUAAAACUCCUUAUCCAAAGGACUCUCAACACUAUGGAAAACAAAACACCGUGUCAAUACAAGUUACCGAAGUGGGAUUGACCGAUGCAGAGGUGCAGAAGAUGAUUGAGGAAAGUAACAGGAACAAAGAAGCUGACGAGGAGAUGAGAAAGUAUUAUGAACAUGCAUCGAGAGCAGAGAUUUUAUGCACAGACACCGAGGUAGCUUUGAUUCAAUUCGGGGAAUUGAUGGAAAAGUCGGAGAAAGAAAAUAUCCAGGGUUAUAUCAACAAAAUUAAGGAAAUCAUUGAUGAUAUAAGAAGCAACAAGAAGCUCCAUGAUCCUAAGGUGCUCAAUGACAAGUUGAACGAGAUGCAGAAGGAAUGCAUGGAAGCAAUCAAAAAAGUUGCCAUAAAGCAACAAGAGCAAAGACAGUAA